UUGGUGGCAAUAUUUUGAACAGUUAAAGAUUUAUGAUGCGAAUAACAUUGAUGUUUGAGCUCAAGGUAUAAAAUGGCGUCACAAUAUCUUUUAAGUAAUAAAAGAUUUUGGGAAAAUGAUGAACCUAUAAAACUUCCCAGAAACAAUCCAAUUCCAAUACAGCACAAUGACUGCAUAAAAACAUUUCUGAAAUGUAUUCAAGAUGAAGGUUUGCAGAAAGCUUACAAUCGUUACGGAUACAAGCCUCAGGAAUCAAAUCUUUCAAGGUCGGUUGUCAGUACUGUACAUGAAGAUGAAACUAUAGUUGACGUCAUCGUUGUUGGUGCAGGAAUGGCUGGUUUAUCUGCAGCGUACGAGUUGAAAAAAGCUGGUCUUUCUGUGAAAAUUCUUGAGCAAACAGAGCGCUAUGGAGGAAGAGUCUAUACGUAUGGUAAAGAAAGUGGUCUUGCAUCUGGUUUAUAUGCAGAAGCAGGGGCUAUGCGAAUUCCUUGUGAUGCCGAUGGUCAAUAUGAGGGGCAACAUUAUUUGACAAAUGGUUACAUCAAGAACUUCAAUCUACCAAUAAAAAAUUUUCCAAACUACGAUGAAAAUACCGUUUCUUGUAUCUAUGGAGCUGUUUAUUUAACUUCAUUAUCAUUGAAUUUGAAAGAUUGUACUACGACUUUUUUAGCUUGGUGUGAGAAACAUUUCAUCAAAAUUUGGCCAAAUUGGAAAGAUGGUAUAAAGGAAGAGUUAAAAGGAGAUAUAACUGAUAUUUAUAAAUAUUACCAAGAAACAACAGAUGUCGUCACUGGCCAGCUUUGCACUUGGUUAUCGAAUUCCAAGAGCGUCGUUGAUCAAGUCUAUGCUUGGGAUCGAUGGAUUAAAAUUUGGAGUCGGUUCACGGUGGAAAGUUUUCUUGAAAGUAACAUCAAUACGAUUAAAGCUAAAGUGUCUGUUGAAGACCAGAAAGACUUAGAUUUAGUGAAACUUGAAAACCUUUUGCCAUGGUCUAACGAUGCCGUUCGUGGUUUUUCUGUAUUUUGCUAUGUGCCCGAAAUUGAACAGUUCCUGGACCACUUUCUUUCUUUUAAACUGGGAAAGUGGUCAUCUGGUAAGAUGCAUUGCUUGAAAGGUGGUAUGCAUAAUUUGCCCAAAGCGUUUUUAAAAAAUGAAAUAUUAAGUAAAGAUGACAUAGAAUACAAGAAGCAAGUAUAUGAAAUAAAUUACGGGUAUCAAGAAAAAUAUCCACUGAAAGAUGUCGUAGAGGUGUCAUGUUAUUCUGUCAAUGAUGCACCAUGUGUGUAUAAGGCAAAGGCAGUAAUUAUUACCACGCCAAUAAACAUUUUGCGUCAAUAAGAUUCAAAUCAAAGCUUGAUGACAUCAAAUCCCAGUUGGCGAUAAAAAAAAGCGUCCAGGCAAUGGGAAAUGUUUUUAAUCAGCAUUCAACAAAAAUCUUUCUUCAAACCAAAGCAAGAUUCUGGGAAAAUGAAGGAAUUAAAGGUGGAUUUUCAAAGACAAACCUUCCCAUAGGCCAGAUUCAUUACGUCACCCCGGAGGACUGCUAAACGAAAGAGGGGCUUUUAAUGAUUUACACGUGGACGAAGGAGGCUCUGCUUUUUGGGUCGAUGAAAGAAAAAGUGGUAAAACGGAAAGUAGUUGAACAACUCGAAGAAAUUCAUCCAACCUUCAAAGAAGAUAUGGUGACAACCUUUAUUGUUCAUGCUUGGAAUAAUCUGCCAUCUUAUCAAGGAGCGUAUGGAGAAGUGAAAACAUCUCAUUACGAAAGUACAAGGCAUUUAUGGGAGCCGAUGGGUAACGUUCAUUUCGCUGGUGAAAGAAUUUCUUUUACCCGUAUGUGGAUACAAGGUGCUUUAGAAAGUGGUUUAAAAGCUGCAUUUCAGGUUUAUGAACGACAUAUGGAAGGAACCUGGAACCAUACGUUGUGAGAUUUUUCUGUAAUUGAGGUAAAAGUUUGUGUCCACUAUUUAUGAAAACCUUUAUAGUCUACCUUUUAGUUUCAUGUACUUGGCCGCUGACGUACUGAUUUAUAACAUAUUCAACACACUUUUCUUUUUCUGUGUUCGCAUUUCAAGUAAUUUUUCUUUUCAAAAUUAAAUCAUAUUUUAAAAGUCUUAAUAAUUUUUGUUCUUUUAUUUGAAAAUGUUUCAGUUUUUUCAACGAUUAAUUUUCUUAGUUAAAGUUGAUAAUUUGGAAUCAUGGAAGAAACCUGUUAACAAUAUAUGGAGGAUAAAUUUAUAUAGAUACACAUCAUUGAAAGAUGAUGAAAUUGUAAUAAAGUCAGUUAAAUAUCCAAGUAAAUGAAGUAAAUUAAAA